UUUGUUGGACAACGCUUUAGAUCAGAACAAAAAACAGUUCAAAUCAAAAUUUAUAAAAAUGUCGGCAAAAAUGAACUCGAUACAGUUGAGACUUUUAAAACAUUUGCUAAGCAGAAGCUAUCGUAAUUCACCGUCAAAGCGGGCCAUAUUUGAUAUAGCUAACCUGAAAGAAUUCGAGAAGAAGGUAAAGGGCUCCAAGUUGCCAGUAUUGGUAGAUUUUCAUGCCAGUUGGUGCACGCCUUGCAAAGCGCUCACUCCUCGCCUCGCAAACAUAAUAUCGGAGCAGCGGGGCCGCCUACGUAUGGCCCGCGUCGAUAUCGAUGAAUUUACCGAUUUGGCCCUGGAUUAUAACGUCGGUUCGGUGCCGUCACUUCUCGUCAUGCACAAUGGUAAGGUGCUUAAUCGUUUGGUUGGACUGCAGACAUCAGAUUAUAUUCGAAAUUGGCUUGCCAAAGUGAUCAAAAACUGUUCCCCUAACUAGAUUAAUAUAUUUGUGUAUAUGAAGAGAAAAGUAAACGCAGGUUGUUUUCCAUAAAA